GGGAAUGGUCAGGACGUGAAGCUGGAGCUUGGAGGGGAGCUGGGGGCCGAAAAGGGUGAGGCGGGAGACACGGGGGGAGGUUGUGUGAGGUCUGGAUAGUUCUGGGGUGGGUUGAGAAGGAAGGCUGUGUGGAGAGAACAGGUCUUAGAGGGAGGCCCAGGGGUGGUCAGCUGGUGGAGGACAGCAAGGCUGGGACCCAGAGCCAGGUGGAGAGCAGGCAGGGUCGGGGGCUGGCCAAGCAAUGGGCAGGUGGGCUGAAGUGUGAGGCAGCUGAUAUAAGCAGGAUCCAGGUGGAGGUGAGGAGAAGGCUGGUGGGGGCGGCCCAGGGUGAGAGGCCAGCUUAGGGGGUGCCCCGCAUGGGGGAAGCCCCUCCCUGGGGGUCUCCGGAGCCAUGCUGUCCCGCAAGGGCAUCAUCCCUGAGGAGUACGUGCUGACACGGCUGGCAGAGGACCCUGCAGAGCCCAGGUACCGUGCCCGUGAGCGGAGGGCCCGCUUUGUGUCCAAGAAAGGCAACUGCAACGUGGCCCACAAGAACAUCCGGGAGCAGGGCCGCUUCCUGCAGGACGUGUUCACCACGCUGGUGGACCUCAAGUGGCCACACACACUGCUCAUCUUCACCAUGUCCUUCCUGUGCAGCUGGCUCCUCUUCGCCAUGGCCUGGUGGCUUAUCGCCUUUGCCCACGGAGACCUGGCCCCCGGGGAGAGUGACAUUGUGCCCUGCAUCACCAGCAUCCACUCCUUUUCAUCUGCCUUCCUUUUCUCCAUCGAGGUCCAGGUGACCAUUGGUUUUGGUGGGCGAAUGGUGACGGAGGAGUGCCCCCUGGCCAUCCUGGUCCUCAUUGUGCAGAACAUCGUAGGGCUCAUGGUCAACGCCAUCAUGCUGGGCUGCAUCUUCAUGAAGACCGCCCAGGCCCACCGGCGGGCGGAGACUCUCAUCUUCAGCAAGCACGCUGUCAUUGCCUUGCGCCACGGCCGCCUUUGCUUCAUGCUGCGCGUGGGCGACCUCCGCAAGAGCAUGAUCAUCAGCGCCACCAUCCACAUGCAGGUGGUGCGCAAGACCACCAGCCCUGAAGGCGAGGUGGUGCCCCUCCACCAGGUGGACAUCCCCAUGGAGAAUGGCGUGGGUGGCAACAGCAUCUUCCUGGUGGCCCCCCUCAUCAUCUACCAUGUCAUCGACACCAACAGCCCACUCUACGACCUGGCACCCAGCGACCUGCACCACCACCAGGACCUCGAGAUCAUUGUCAUUCUGGAAGGUGUGGUAGAAACCACAGGCAUCACUACCCAGGCCCGCACCUCCUACCUGGCCGACGAGAUCCUGUGGGGUCAGCGCUUUGUCCCUAUUGUGACUGAGGAGGAUGGACGCUACUCCGUGGACUACUCCAAGUUUGGUAACACCGUUAAAGUGCCCACACCACUCUGCACAGCCCGCCAGCUUGAUGAGGACCGCAGCCUGCUGGAUGCUCUGACCCUUGCCUCAGCCCGUGGGCCCCUGCGCAAACGCAGCGUGGCCAUGGCCAAGGCCAAGGCCAAGUUUAGCAUCUCUCCAGAUUCCCUGUCCUAAGCCAUGGUCCCUCAGGGCCCCCACACGUGCUGUGUGCACACCAGCAGUGUGCUAUGGUAUGUAGGGUGUGUGCUCCUCGGCUGGCCAGAGUCUGGUGUGAGGCUGGACCCUCCUCAGCUCAGCUCCCCACUGCUGCUCACCCAGGGAGUUACAAGGCACUUGUCACUACGCUAUUUCUGGCCUCGGCAGGAGCAUGUACCAGGUUAUUUUUGUCCCUCCUCCUCCCAGCCCCGUCUCAGGACUGGCUCGCCCAUCUCCCUCCCCAACACCCCCAUCCAAGGCAGGUGAGGCUGUGGUAAGUGCCGAGCCCUAAACCUGGGUCUCCAGCCAGUCCUGGGCUCCAUGAUUGACCGGCCACAAGCUGGGCAGGUGGCCAGGGAAGAAUAAUCCCCAAGUUGGGGGUCUGCUGCUCUGUUUCUGUGGCCCGAAGAAAUGCCUGUGGUCAGGCCCCAGCCCCCCUUGCUCCCUGAAAAAGUGAUGGGCUAAGGGGAGGGCCUGGCCAGCCAGGGAGGGCAGUUGAUGAGAAAGCAUAUUCCAGCUGGAGGAUUGGAGCUGCAGGCUCCCCUUCGCAGGGCAGGCUCAGGCCAGGGAAGCGGAGGGGGGCUGGGGUGGGCUGGGGCAGACACUGACAUGCCAGGCAGAGAGAGGCUGAGGAGAGGGGUCCUAUGGCCACCACACAUGAUGGACCUGAGACCAAACUCUGGUCUGGGCUCCUCACCGGUGGCUACCACUCACUUUGUCCAAAAUGUGGCUGUGGGGGAUGGAAGGACAGUCUUUGGGUUGCUGGAAAAAGAGGUAUUGGAAAGUUCAGGAUGGUGGGGGUGGGUAAGGUCCCUGAAGUGAAGAAGCCCUUUGUCCUGACAGCUUGACUCGAGCCUGGACUCCUGGAGUGGUGCUGCGUGUACAUGCCCAGAAUUCUGCCUUCUCCGUUGUCAAUAAAACCUCCCCCUUCACGACCUAAA